AUGCAGCGGGCCAAAGAGCGAGCGGGCCAAGCAAUAAUCGGGUCCGGCCAAUGGGAGCGGGCACUGUGGGCGAACGAGUGGGCGUGCGACAUGAAGCGAGCACCGCACUGCACCGCAACGAGCCUGAUCGGCCGCACCCCAUCGACGAGGGCACUGCAAGGAGCUGCCAGAGCCCGCCGCGCGGAGGACGGCAGGUGGUUCCAGGGCCAGUGUGCGAAGCCCCACCGCGGCACUGUGCUCUAA